GCUGGGAUGACCAGCACUAUCAUGGUUCUCAGCCCACAUUUUCGUGCUUCUCUGCACUCCCGUUUUUUCGCCCGCUGUUGCCGUGUUUCCGUAUAUGAGGGGCGAGUUACCGCAUUUCGGACAGUGGACAACCCCCCGGAAUAUCUCCCUCCUUUCGUCAGUUCCCCCUUUCUCUCGAGAGACUUUUCACAUGUCAGCUGUUGCGCUACCACUUGAGGUUGCCAUUCUUGUUAGUGUUAUCUGCCAAGCAAUCGUAUAUGGCAUGUUCUUGGUGCUUUUCGGGGCAACAUGCUAUGUCCUAACUCAAAAGAAGAAGACAACCACAACCAACGUGGCAUUUUUGGCUACAGCAUGCACCAUGUUUGUCUUCAUAACCAUCAAUUUUGCUGUCAGUUGGUCGAGGAUCAUGGAUGCUUUGUUUCAUGAGGCAAACCCCACGGCUUAUCUGGGAGACUUGACUCAAUGGAAGGAAGUUUUCCGCACUGGAGUGUAUAUCGCGCUCACUGCCGUGGCCGAUUCUCUCUUUAUCUACCGCUUAUACAUGGUGUGGUCAAGGAAUAUUUGGAUCUGCAUACUGCCUAUGCUACUUCUGGCAGGCAGCUUGACAUCGGGUAUUGGAAUCGAAGUUGCUAUCGCCUCUCUCAAAGGGUCUGGACUCUUCGCUAGCGGCAUCGCUGCAUGGGCUACUUCAUUCUUCAGUAUUUCCUUAGCACAAAACGUGCUGACCACCCUCCUGAUUGUGUGGCGCAUCUGGAGGGUCAACUUGGGUGCGGGGCAUUUGGGAAGCAACAGCCUGUGGCCAGUGAUCGCCGUUAUCCUGGAAUCAGGUGCCCUUUACAGUGCCAAUUUGCUUUGCCUCCUGGCAACCUAUGCGUCUGGAAGUUUCGCCCAGUACAUCUGUCUUGACAUCCUUGUCCCCAACAUCGGAUGCACCUUUUGCCUCAUCAUUGUCCGCGUUGGUCUGGGGCUCAGCAAGAGCGGGUCCCAGCAGGCACCAACGCAGGAAAUUGGCCGUGCCACAAUCGGAGGCACAAGUGCACGCUACCCCAUGCGCAAGAUUAACAUCAAUGUGGCACGCACAGUGGAUGUAGACCAGGAAGAUGUGGACAUCGAACGCGGUGGGAAGGAAGGAUCUGAAACGGAUGUGGACGUCUUCGACAAAUCGCAGAACAUGUCCUAUGAGCAGAUGCACGGGUCCAACGCGUUCUAGAUAGUACUGUCUGUGGCGUCUGAACUUUCUUUUUUUGUUUCGUUCGCUGUAGCCUCGGAGAGUCUGAGGACUUUUAUUCAUUUGCAAAUAUUAAGAUUGCU